CUCUCCUCCUCCAUUGUCUUCAAUAGGCUGUUUUGAACCCACUGCGACUGAGUUAUCCGCCCUCCAUUGUAAUUAUGAUAACGGCUAUUUCAUGGGUUCCGAAAGGAGCACCGAAACCAAUCCCCUCUGUGGCUGAUUUGCCUUCAAAAGAAGAAAUUGAAGAACUCGUCAAGAGUGGUGCCUUGGAAAGAAGCGGGGAUAGUGAUGAGGAUAUGGAUGGUGAUCAUAAUGAUAGUAGUAAUCGUGGCGAUGAUGAUGAUGAUAAUAAUAAUAAUGAGGAAGAUGAUGAAAGUGAGAAGCUCGAUAAUAAGCCUGCUAAAGCCUCAAAAGACGCUGACUCCGAGGCCAAAUUUAAAGACAUAACCGAUGGAUUGAAGGAGCUUGACAUGGAUAAUUAUGACGAAGAAGAUGAUGGGAUUGAACUAUUUACCAAAGGCCUUGGAGACCUUUACUAUCCAAGUAAUGAUGUUGAUCCAUAUUUCAAGGAUAAAGAUGAUGAUGAGGAUUCUGAAGAUCUUGAGGAUUUGACUAUCAGACCAAUGGAUUCAGUUAUAGUUUGUGCACGAAAUGGUGAUGAUGGCAAUCAACUAGAGGUCUGGGUAUGUGAGGAACCUGGUGAUGGUGAAUUCAACACUUAUGUCCACCAUGAAAUCAUGAUCUUUGAAUUUCCUCUGUGCACAGCAUGGAUGGAUUGUCCGCUUAAAGGUGGAGAUAGAGGGAACUUUCUAGCUGUUGGAUCAAUGGAACCUUCCAUUGAAAUAUGGGACCUUGACAUAAUCGACGAGGUACAACCAUGUAUGGUAUUGGGUGGCAUUGCCGAGAAGAAGAAGAAAAAAAAAGGAAAGAAGAUAUUAGUAAAAUAUAAAGAUGGAAGUCACACUGAUUCAGUACUUGGUCUUGCUUGGAACAAGCACUACAGAAAUGUACUUGCGAGUGCUAGUGCCGACAAGAAAGUAAAGAUUUGGGAUGUGGCAGCUGGAAAAUGUGAUAUUACUAUGGAGCAUCAUACGGACAAGGUUCAAGUUGUUGCAUGGAAUUAUCAUGCACCACAAGUUCUCCUCAGUGGAUCUUUUGAUCAUUCUGUGGUUAUGAAGGAUGGAAGGAUACCAUCACAUUCUGGUUACAAGUGGUUAGUCGAUUCUGAUGUUGAAAGCUUAGCAUGGGAUCCGCACACUGAGCACUCAUUUGUGGUUAGUCUUGAAGAUGGUACCGUGAAGGGAUUUGAUAUUCGGACUGCCACGUCCAACACAGCUCCCGAGUCAAAGCCAAGUUUUACUCUUCAUGCUCAUGACAAAGCUGUUUGCUCAGUCUCAUAUAAUUUGUCAGCUCCUAAUCUUCUUGCAACAGGAUCCACAGACAAAAUGGUAAAGCUCUGGGAUUUAUCCAACAAUCAACCCUCGUGCAUUGCAUCAAAGAAUCCUAAAGCAGGAGCUGUAUUUUCUAUUGCGUUCUCGGAGGACAGUCCCUUUUUGCUGGCAAUAGGAGGCUCCAAGGGCAGAAUGGAAAUAUGGGACACAUUAUCUGAUGCUGCAGUCUCCAGAAAAUUUGGGAAUCACAGCAGGCCGAAUAGUCAGCCUGUGUCAUAGUGCGAUCAACCAACAAAUGAACAAGGGAUUCAACUACGAUGAGCAGAGCUCUUGUUUUUCUUGGAACGAGUGAGCAUUUCUUGUGUGUAGCUUUUUAAAUCUUCACAUGGUUUUUGGAUUGUCUUCCUGUAGGAAUCCUUGAUACCUUGUAUGCUUGUAUAAGAAUUACAAGAAUUUUCAGGUACAAGGAAAUGUCGUUGAGGACAGUGAAUGGUUUUAAAGAUCCCUUAGCCCUUGAGAGAUCCCUUAAUUCAUAGCAUCGGAUCCCAGUUUUCAUCAUUUGAGAGAGGUUUCAAAGAUUUUAGUUUUUUUUUCCUUUUUCCUCAAGGGAUGAUUAGGACUGUUGGGAAGUAUAUAAAUUUUUACUGUUAUUCUAUCAUCUUUUGAUUAUAAAAUGUUUUAUUAUUACAUGUUACAGACUUGGAUACGCCCAAUCAAAGCAUUAACAAUUUUGUUCAGUUAGGUCAUGUUUGGUAUGUUGUAUUGUAUUUGAUUGAUUGUAUUGUAACAUUUUUAUUCAAUAUUAUGUUUGAUUUUAACUGUA